GGAGGAGGCUGGGUUAAAGAGCUCGGGGAAUGUGUGGACACACGCAGAGAGAGGGAGGGAGUGAGAGAAGGGCGGAGCGGGGCUAAUAUCAGUGCCGAUGUUGAUGUGAUCUAUACUCUCAUCAGACCAUGAAGUAUGCGUGUGCGUAUGAUGCUCUCUGAAGGAAGCUACCAGGCAGCUUCAAUCCAGCCACUGAACCAAAACUCGCUGUGAUCCAGUCUCUUCUUGUUAAAGUCGUUUGCAUUGAUUGGAACUGGAUGGAAUAAGAUGAAGAAAUUUAAACGCAGAUUCUCACUGUCGGCACACAGGACAGAAACCAUUGAAGAAUCACUCGCCGAAUUUCAGGAACAGAUCACAAACCAGAUCAACAACAGAAGGAAUGACGAUAUUGCGUAUGAAAACCUUCACGUGCACUCAGACCAGGUUGGGUCAGAAGGUGCCCAUUCACCGAAUGCCCUGCCCUACAGGAAUCAUACACAACGCAGGUUCUCCAUGGAGGAUCUGGGCAAGAGAUUAUCGCUCCCGAUGGACAACAGGCUUCCGGAGGAAUUCCUACAGAAACUGAGACUGGAGAGCCCUCCCUUUCCCAAAACUCAGAGCAGGACUUCACGCCGAGCUUCACUGUCAGACAUAGGAUUUGGGAAGUUGGAGACUUAUGUGAAACUGGACAAGCUGGGAGAGGGAACCUAUGCCACAGUGUUUAAGGGAAAGAGCAAGUUGACGGAAAACCUGGUGGCUUUGAAGGAAAUCCGACUGGAACAUGAAGAGGGAGCGCCGUGCACUGCAAUACGUGAAGUUUCUCUGCUCAAGAAUCUGAAGCACGCAAACAUCGUCACCCUGCAUGAUAUAAUCCACACGGAGCGAUCUCUCACCCUAGUGUUUGAGUUCCUGGACAGUGACCUAAAGCAGUACAUGGACAACUGUGGGAACAUUAUGAGCAUGUACAAUGUCAAGAUAUUUAUGUUCCAAUUGUUGAGAGGAUUAUCUUAUUGCCACAAGAGGAAGGUUCUACACCGAGACCUGAAGCCACAGAACUUGCUCAUUAAUGAGCGAGGAGAAUUGAAGUUAGCUGAUUUUGGUCUGGCAAGAGCAAAAUCGGUCCCAACUAAAACCUACUCAAAUGAGGUGGUAACCCUGUGGUAUCGGCCUCCAGAUGUUCUGAUGGGCUCAACAGAAUAUUCCACCCAGAUCGACGUAUGGGGAAUCGGGUGUAUUCUAUAUGAGAUGGCUGCUGGAAGGCCAUUGUUCCCUGGUUCCACUGUAAAGGAAGAAUUGCACUUAAUCUUCAGGCUUUUAGGGACUCCAACAGACGAUACAUGGUCAGGGAUAACAUCAAAUGAAGAAUUCAAAACGUACAACUUCCCUUAUUACCGACCGCAACCAAUGAUAAAUCAUGUUCCCAGGCUGGAUGCUGAAGGACUAGAUCUCUUUGCCAAUCUUUUAUUGUAUGAAGCCAAGAAGCGGAUUUCAGCUGAGGAUGCUCUCCGGCAUGUUUAUUUCAAGAGCUUGGGUGAAAGGGUCCACCUUAUACAAGAUAAUAUCAGUAUUUUCACUUUGAAAGAAAUCCAAUUGCAAAAGGACCCAGGUUACCGAGGGUCUUCAUAUCCCCAGUCUGGCCGGGGGAAGAAUCGAAGACAGAGUGUGCUGUUCUAGGUGGACCCUCGCUUGUUCCUGAUCUCCUCCCCCCCCCCCCCCCCCCCCUCCCCCCCCCCCCCCCCCCCCC